GGGGAAUAGUGGAGAUGGAAAAAGCAGCACAGGGAACACAAUACUGGGUGAAAAUGCUUUCAUCUCCUCCAGUUCACCUCAUUCAGAAACUUUCCGAUGCGAGUCAAGAACAGACAGAAACAACAGGAUCACUGUUACUGACACUCCUGGACUUUGUGACAGCAGUCGUAGUGAGGAAGAUGUGAAGAAGGAAAUGCUGAGAUUGAUUGUUGAAUGUGCUCCAGGACCCCACGCUUUCUUGAUUGUUCUCAGAGUAGGUCGUUACACUGAACAAGAAGAGGAGACAGUGGAGGAACUGCUGGGUUUGUUUGGAGAAGAAGUUUGGAAGUACUCAAUGUUCGUCUUUACUCGUGGUGAUGAACUUGAUGAGGAUCAACGCAUUGAGGACUUUGUGGAAAAUAUAGUUCAUCUGAAGUGAUUUGUUGAUAAGUGUGGAGGUGGCUGUCAUGUUAUUGAUAAUAAACACUGGAGAAACACACAAGAUGAGUACAGGAACAACAGAGUCCAGUCUCUGCAGGCGGGCGCUGGUCAGCUCUCUAUCAGUGCUUUACUUUCGGUUUCGAUUCACGAUGCUGUGAAAAUGGCGUCAGCAGCAGCAGGUAGACACAGUCCAGAUCAUGUUCGUCCUAACAUGAGUGAUCUGAGGAUUGUGCUGAUAGGAAAGAAUGGAUCAGAAAACAGACGAGUGGCAAACACUAUACUGGGAACAGAAGCAUUUCACAGAGAAGCUUCAUCUUAUUCACAGCAGCACAGUGUGAGACUCAGUACGGAGGUGGAGGAGAGACACAUCACCGUCAUCAACACUCACCUGCUCCAGACGAAUCUCACACAGCAACAGAUCACACAGACAGUGAGAGAGUGUGUGUCUCUGUCUGCUCCAGGACCUCAUGUGUUUGUACUCGUACUGCAGAGUAAGGACUUCAAUGAGAACGACAGACACAGAGUGAAAUAUGUGCUGAACCUCUUCAGUGAGCAGGCCAUUAAACACACUAUAGUGCUGACUACUGAUGAAGAGACACGUGGAUUUAUAUUCACUUCUAGGAAUUACUCUAUUCAUGAUUUAAUAAAGGAGUGUGGAGGAGGACAUCUGAAGUUUGAUACAGUAAACCCAGGAUGGCGAUCUGAGUUGUUCAGAAAGACAGAAGAGAUGCUGAAGAAAGAACGUAAAGACUUCCUCAUCUGUGAGAUGUCAACAAUCGAUGGAGAUCAGAGCAGAUCUGGAGCUUCAGUCAGAGGAGACGAGAAAGAGAAGGAUUCUGAUCUCAAAGAGAGCACAGAAACAGAACGUGACGGAGGAGUUUCAGUGAGGACUACUGGGAAACCAAAGCUGAACAUUGUGCUGUGUGGAAAUAACUCAACACUCAAGAACUCAGUGUCUAGAAUGUUUAGAGGGAUAACGAGUAAACCUCAGAAAGAAGGAAGUAAGAGUGUGUGAAGAGAGAGGAGAAUAUAGAUGGACGUCAGAUAAGUGUAACAGAGCUUCCAGCUCUCUCUCGGCUCUCAGAGGAGGAAGUGAUGCGGGAGACUCUCCGCUGUGUGUCUCUGUGAUCCUGGAGUUCAUCAGUUCAUCCUCGUUACUCCUGUUACUCCACUUACUAAUGAAGACAGAGCAGAAAUGGAGAAGAUUAAAGGAAUAUUUUACUCACAAGAGCACUUCAUGGUGCUUUUCAUUACUGAACUCUCUGUUGACCAAAGUGUGACAGAUUUUGUAGAAUCCACAGAAUCUCAGAGGAUUGUGAGUCUCUAUGGGAGCUUUUACAGUGUGAUGGGGUUAAAGGACCAGAGAAACUCUGAAAAGAUCUCAGCCCUGUUUGACUGUAUAGAGAGCAUAAAGACUGAACCCUAUUCUCUUCAGAUGUAUUUGAGAGCUCCAGAGAAGAGAGUCAGACAUGAUCUACAGGAGAAACUGAGAGUGAGAGACAAUGAAAUCAAAGAGUUACAGAAGAAGAUCAAGACACUGGCUCCAGAGGGUGUGAAGCUGAAUCUGGUUGUGUGUGGCAGUAACAGAGGAUUAAAAUCCUUCAUCUCAAACCUGAUCCUGAAGCAGAGCGAGAGAAGAUCAGAGCUCAGCUCAGAGUGUGUGAGGAGAGACGUGGAGCUUGAUGGACGUCUGAUCAGUCUGCUGGAGCUUCCAGCUCUGUUCAACACUCAGCUCUCAGAGGAGGAAGUGAUGCGUCAGACUCACCGCUGUGUGUCUCUCUGUCAUCCUGGAGUUCAUGUUUUCAUCUUCAUCAUUCCUGAUGCUCCACUUAAUAAUGAAGACAGAGCAGAAAUAGAGGAGAUCCAGAGGAUAUUCAGCUCAAGAAUCAACAAACACAUCAUGAUCCUCAUAAAGCAGAAUCCAGAGCAUCAGACAGCAGAACUAAAUGAAGAAACACAGUCUGUCAUUCAGAGUUUUGGAGGAAGACAUCAGUUGAUUGACCUGAACACACAAGUGUCUGUGUUGAUGGAGAAACUGGAGCAGAUGGUUGAGGAAAAUAGUGGUGUUUGUUUCUCCACAGAGACAUUGAUGGAGGCACAGAUGGAGAAACUGAAGGAAUUAGAAGAAGUGAAGAGGAGAAUCCAUUCAUUAGAGACGUGGUUUCAGUCACAAGAUUCAAGAGAAAGAGAAGAUGAACUGAGGAUUGUGCUGCUGGGAAAAACUGGAGCUGGGAAGAGUGCAACUGGAAACACCAUCUUAGGAGGAGAAGUGUUUAUAUCAGACUUUUCUGAAACAUCUGUUACCAUAAUGUGUCAGAGAGAAACAACUGAAAUCAACGGCAGACACAUUACUGUGAUCGACACUCCAGGACUGUUUGAUACUGAACUCAGUAAUGAAGAAAUCCAGAGAGAAAUCAGCAACAGCAUCCACAUGAUCCUGCCUGGACCACAUGUGUUUCUCUUACUGAUUCCAGUGGGACGAUUCACUCAAGAAGAACAAAGAGCAGUGAAGAUCAUCCAAGACACGUUUGGAGAAAACUCUUUAAAGUACACCAUAGUGCUCUUCACCAGAGGAGACUUUCUGAAGAAGAAAACCAUUGAACAGUUUCUGGGAAAACCUGGAUCUCCUUUGAAUCAGCUGAUAGAAGCGUGUGGAAACAGAUCCCAUGUGUUUAAUAAUGAGUCUGGAGACCGAACACAGGUGACUGAUCUACUGCAGAAGAUAGACAACAUGGUGAAAGAGAACGGAGAGAGUUACUACUCAUGUAAGAUGUUCAGAGAGAUGGAGAGAGACAUACAAGAACAACAAAAGAAGAUACUGAUGGAUAAAGUGGAGCAAGAAAUCAGAGAAAAAGAAGAAUUAAUGAACAAACAUAAAGAAGAGAAAAAGAAGAUGAAGAUAAAGAUGCAGGAAGAAUGUGACAAAGAGAAAAAGAGAAGAGAAGAAGAAUUAAUUGAGAAAGAAGAACAAUAUAAAAGGGACAUCAAAGACAGAGAGGAACAAGAGAGAAAGAUACGAGAGGAGCUGAAGAAAGAACGAGAGGAAUGGGAGAAACAGAAACAACAGGAAAGACAAAGAAGAGAUGAAGAGGAGGAGAAAUGGAGAAAGAAAGAACAAGCAAUGUGGGAUGAAUAUUAUCAGAAACUUAAACAAGAGAGAGAGAGAAGACAGAUAGAGAGAGAAGAUCUUCAGUCCAAACAUGAAGAAGAGAGAGAGAGAAUGAUGGAGGAAGAAAGACAGAAUCAUGACAAAGAGAAAAAGAGAAAAGAAGAAGAAUUUAGAGAAAUAGAAGAACAAUAUAAAAGAGACAUUAAAGACAUAGAGGAACAAGAGAGAAAGAUACGAGAGGAGAUGAAGAGAGAACGAGAGGAAUGGGAGAAACAGAAACAACAGGAAAGACAAAGAGAAGAAGAAGAAGAUGAGAGAAGGAGAAAGAGAGAACAGGCAAUGUGGGAUGAAUAUAAUCAGAGACUUAAACAAGAGAGAGAGAGAAUUAAGAUGAUGAUGGAGGAAGAAAGACAAAAUCAUGAUCUAUUGAGAAAGAGAAGAGAAGAUGAAUAUAGAGAGAGAGAAGAACGAUAUAAAACAGAGAUGAAAAGAGAACGAGAGGAAUGGGAGAAACAAAAACAACAGGAAAGACAAAGAAGAGAAGAAGAGGAGGAGAGAAGGAGAAAGAUAGAAAAGGAGACGUGGGAUGAAUAUUAUCAGAAACUUAAACAAGAAAGAGAAAGAAGACUGAGAGAGAAAGAAGAUCUUCAGAUCAAACAUGAAAAAGAGAAAGCCCAGAAAUACUGAAUAAACCAGACAAUGGAGCAGUUACUGGGCCUACAUUUUGCUGUGGAGCAAAGCUGAAGCAGGGUUUCACUCACCAGUGAGCGGAGAGCGAGGGAACAGUGGUAAAGGGAAAUCUGUAGUGCUUACAGACUGCUUUGACACUCAACUUGAUACAGUACUCUUCUUCCAGUGCACACAUUUGAUUUGAUUACUUCAGGUGCUUUCUGCCGAAGUGGCUAAUAAGAGUGAUGGAGUUACACGGUACUACUGUGUUUCACCCGCAUUUGGCAGGUGGGAGGGUCUCACAAAUAAAUAAAGUCCCCAGCUGGCAAACAUGACAGCUCAUAGUUGUAUAUACGCGUUUUAUGCUGUUUUAUUAAUAAAUCUCUGUGUAUAUAUAUUUUUAAAUAAAUGUUUAUUAUUGUU